AUGGACCUAGGCUCUAGCUAUUGCGGAUGGCGGCCUGUUCUCUGCUGGUUUCGAUACCUACCUAUUUCGGAGUCUGCUCCUGGCUACUCUGACAUUGUACGGAAUGUGUUCGGAACCUUGCCAGUCUCACAAAAUACCAAUGAUCCUUGGCUAGAGCAGCCUGGAGGGCAGCACAUUUUCCAAAAUACGCAGGCUGUAGAGGCGGGCCAAUUCCCUCCAACUUUGAUUAGGGAGGUUUAUAACACAGCACCCAACGGCGGCAUUUCAAUUGCGCAAUUUCGGGAUGCAAGCGCCAAUUCAAACGCCAAAAAGGCUUGA